UUCUCACAGUAGAACCAUUUGCUCUUCUUUGGACCAAAAAGUAGGAACCUGCUCUAGGACUGAUAAGGAAGGAUGCUGGGUUAUUUAAAAAUUAGGUGCACUUUUCCAAGAUUUCUGUUGCUUCUCCCCUGGGGCCCAGAGGUGAGCCAUGACUACAGAUGCCAAGUACAACAUCCUUCAGGAAGUGGGCCGUGGCAGCUAUGGGGUGGUGUAUGAAGCAGUUGUCAGUCAGACUGGAAAAAAGGUGGCGGUGAAAAGAAUUCAUUGUAAUGGACCUGAAAAUGUAGAAUUAGCUCUGCAGGAGUUCUGGGCUCUUCAGAGCAUUCAAAGUCAACAUGAAAAUGUGAUCUGGUUGAAAGAGUGUAUCUUGCAAAGUGGCCAGGUUUUCCAGCCAAUGAGCCACCACUCCAAUAAGUCAGAUGAUCAGUUGCUGCUCAUAGAGACCUGUCUCAAAGGGCGUAGAUGUGUGGAUCCCAAGUCAGCCUGUUACCUGUGGUUUGUGAUGGAGUUUUGUGACAGCGGCAACAUGAAUGAGUUCUUACUGGCCCGACAUCCAGAUGCCCGGCUGAACAAGAGUUUUAUGAAGCAGAUGAGCCAGGCAGUGGCUUUCCUGCAUAGAAAUCAGAUUGUGCACAGAGACCUGAAGCCAGAUAACAUUCUGAUCUCAACUAGUUCUGGAGGGCCUGUGUUAAAGGUAACAGAUUUUGGCCUGAGUAAAGUAUGCCAGGGGAGAGUGAAUAUAAAUCAACACCGGUUUUCUUCUGCCUGUGGUUCGGAUUUCUAUAUGGCUCCUGAAGUUUGGGAAGGCAGCUACACAGCUAAAGCAGACAUCUUUGCCCUUGGGAUAAUUUUCUGGGCCAUGAUUGAGAGGAUUACUUUCAGGGAGGCAGAUUCUGAGAAGGAGUUGCUUGGAAUUUACAUAUGCCAAGGGAAGGACAUAAUCCCAAUUGGGGAGGCAAUGCUAGAAAACCCAAGCAUGGAGCUGCACAUUCCCUUGAAAAAAAAGAGAUCCAUCCCAAAUGAUUUCUGUAGGCUUCUUCAUGAAAUGUUGGCUUUUAACCCCAAGGAACGACUAGAUGCCUUCCAGCUCGAAAAUCGUAUUAAGCAGACUUCCUAUGGGGAAAAGACCCAAUGUUCUAGCUCUUCAAAGUAAAGUAUAUUCAGGAGUGAUGAUAGUUCAGUGGCAGGUGAAGUCAUUCAUAGGUUAUCAUGUCACACUUCAGAAGUUCCUGUAGGAGAUCUAAACCAGAGCUUGUGGAAUCCUACAGAAUCAGAGUGGUGCUGCUGAGAACCUGG